UAGCUAGCUAACAUUAGACUGGAAGCUUGGGAAUUCCCCAGCAUAACUCCUUCAGUAGGGGGGGGGGCGAGAACUAUAAACAACUUAACGCUGAAACAUAUUUAUAUUACAGUGAAAAGCCCUCAUUAAGAUUAUUCUUGAUGAGAUCAUUUACUGUCUAGUUGCAGCACAAAGCGCUAUUUUAUUAAGUGGUUCCCUUUCUGUCUAGCUAGUCUCGGCUAGCCAACUAUUGCUAGCUCUCUAAUAGCGACUAGCUAGCUUGACAGUGUAAAUAGUUUUCUGGUUGAUAAGGAUAGAACGAGGUGAUCAUAUUUGGAGCAGAUGAGUUUUUAAACGCUCGCUUGCUAACUUAUUAUCUGCAAUGGCAGGUAUACAGCCUCCGCUCAAUUCUGGAAAAGAGUCAUUGCGGCCUGAUCUUGGUUUCGGGGUCGACAAACACGAAAUUCUGGAUUCGGUGCCCGAGGACUGGUGCGACAGUGGGCUAGAUUGCCUCAGUGGACCAGCGCUUAGUCUGGAUGACUCCUUCAACACUGAGGUAUCACAAUCUUGGGUGCCAAGGUCCCAUACAUCGCACGAUGACUCUGACAAGCGCUCCAUGGACUGUAGCUCCAUGGGGGGCGGUGAGAGGCUGGACUCAGCUAUUGGGGACUCAAUAACGGAUGAGACCAUGGGGAAUAUAUCGCAGGAGCUCGGGACCAUGCACCUGAGUGAACCGGUUAUCAUUGAGUCUGGGGAUGACGGUAAUACUGGAAGGCAAGGUGCAAUAAACCCGGAGGAGGAACGGCGGAGGAGAGAGGAAAUUUUCAAUACACUGAACUUUGUUUCUGAAGACGGAGACACGGCUCUUCACCUGGCAUUUAUUCAUGAGCACUGGGCUUUUGUGCAGUACUUAUUAGGGAUGAUAGCAUUGGACCAAAGCUGGGUAUCUUACCUGGACAUUCAGAAUCAUUUGGGACAGACGGCCCUCCACCUGGCGGUGAUUGUCGACCAGCCCCAGUGUGUGAGGGGACUGUUGUGGGGUGGGGCCAGUGCAGAGCUCCAGGAGAGGGGGGGAAACACCCCACUGCACCUGGCUGUCAGGGAGCUGAGGCACGACUGUGUCCGUGAGAUCACCUCCAACUGCCAGAGCGCUGACUACCUACAUGUCACCAACUACUCAGGCGUGAGUGCUCUACACUUGGCAGUGCAAAGGGGCAGAGAGGACAUCAUUGGGAUGCUGAUUGAGGCAGGAGCAGAUGUUAACCAGAGGGACCUGAGCUCCGGCCGUUCCCCAUUGCACUGGGCAGUGGAGUCCCAGAGUACCCGGGUGGUGCAGCUCCUGCUGCAGGGUGGAGCCAGUGUGGACCAGCCCUCCUAUGCAGGCCACACAGCCCUGUACUGUGCUCUACACAGGCCCAACAAGGAGGUGCAGGCCCUCCUGAAGGCUCGAGGAGCCUCCGACACCCGGCAGGAGGAAGAGGAGGAGGAAGAGGAGGAGAAAGAGAGUGAAGAGGAGGAAUUUGACGACGUCAUCAUCAAUGGUCAGCGAGUACACUAACCAUGAACAUCAGCAUUAACGUGGACACUGGGCUACAUUAGGUCAAGGAACUGCUGUUGGGCUUCUGAUAGAUGUGCGAUUGUGCAUUUGUGUGUGGUUUGUGUAUGUACCUGUAAUUUGUAUAUACAAUAGUAAGGGAAAAGAACCCACGCCCUCCACUCAACCAAGAACAAAGUCAUUCAGUUUAAUGGAUCAUACUAUUACUAUGGAGAUUGAGUCUCCCUCUAUGGAAAAGUGUAUUAUAGUUUGACAUGAAGGUUUCAGUGUCGGUAGUAGGAUAAUAGGAAUGGCUUCAGCUGUGUUCUAUAAAACUGUAACCAUC